AUGUGCGUUAUCGUCAAAUACGCUUGCCAGAACUGCAAGCAGGAGACUGGCCAGCGCGACUACGUGCGACACACCGACGGCCAGCGCUUUCCCAUUCCUGACCCCAAGAUGGAGAUCGUCUCUUUUUGCACAGAGCUGAUUCCCCUACGCGUCAUCGUCCACAAGCCCUCCGUCCAGUCAGUUGACUUCCCUUGCGAGAACCCGGACUGUGCCGGUAUGAAGGUUCACUACGACAAGCAUGAAUAUGACGAUGAGGAGGGACGCAUAGUUGGUCUCCUUGGUGCGACAGCCGAGAUCGUGGCCGAGGAGGGUAGGAGUGACAACGAUGUCAAGGAGAUGCUGCAACAGAUGGGCAUCGAUCAGAGCGAUAUGGAGGAGCUUUCCGAUGUCACGAUUGAGAAGUGGACUGGCCUUGCUGAGGACAAGCUGAAGCAGAUGGCUGUGAAUGGUGACACCAUCCAGGAUGUCAAGAAAGUUCUCCAGGCUACUACUGGUUUCAAGUACACGAACUACAUGGUGUUUACCAAGGCUGCCACAUUUGGAAUCAGGCGGAACCGAUUUGGAGCUGGCCCAGCCAAUGCCGACGAGUGCAAGCCGAUGUGA